AUAAGAAGAGUGCCAGAAACAUGUUGGCUUCACCAAAAGGAAUUACUGUUUCAUAGUUUAAAACUAAAAUCAAACAGAACUGAAUUACAGAUCCUCUGUUAAUUCACUAUAUGACUUGAGCAAAUUAAUCUUCUCUGCUCCUGCUUCUUCACUUGCAAAAUGGGACAAUAAUAGUACCUACUUCAAGAGGGUACAAAGGGAUUAGCUAAGAUAACGUAUUCAACAUGUUUGGCACGGCCCUUCCACAGAAAUGUUCAACAAAUAUUUGAUGUUAAUUCCUCUUCUGAAUAAUAAGGCGGUACCCACUCACACCUUUGCUCAAAGACUUGGCACCUAGACCCUUAGCUUGGUCUAAGGAGACCCACCUAUCCCUGAUACCAGUUGCAUAUCCUUUAGAAAACUGUUCCUGACUAUGCUCUUGCCCAUCAUUGUAGGACCCUUCUUUGUACAUUCCCACCACUCCAUUGAUACUAUCUUAGCCAGUUCUACAUACUGGGCUGGGAUCUUCCUACACACACGGUCUUCCUAGGCACAAUGGAGACUCUCUAGAGGGACACAAAGAGAGGAUUCCUUGACCAUCUAAGGUAUGGGGGCAAAAGUAGCUUCUGAAAAGGUUCUCUAGAGUGCUUCCUCAAAGCACUACUCAAGAGCAAAACACAAGGUUGGGUCUCUGGACAAAGAAAUGAGGGGAGAUGACAUAUAGAUGAGAGCUGGAAUGGGAGUCACUACUAGACACAAAUCAGCCUAGGAUAGGGAGUGAGGCGUGAAGUAAAUUUUCCUCAAAUUUACCUAGGCAACACUGGCUUCCUGAAAAUUGUCUCCAGUUACUAAGGCAACAUUAUCCCAAUUAGAUUCUUACCUCCACAUUGUCAGAGCUCAGCACAGCACCCUCCUACACACACAACUGGUUUUCCUUGCCAUCGUAAUCCAUCCAUUAAAAAUGGAUUUCAACCUAGGCUGCACAUCAAAAUCAACUAAAAAAUUUUAUAAAUCUUGACAUCCGGACACACCCAGAUCAAUUAAAUCUCUGCACAUUCUGAUCUAUACUUCUCCCAUGUCCUUCAAGACCCCCAUCCAACUUCACAAAGAAGUCAUCUGCAGACUGGUCCCAUAGCAUGGUGGUUUAAGUGCUAUGCAUUAGGAGCUGGAUCCCACAUGGCUGAACAUGGUUUGAAUCUCGGUCCCCGUGGCUUAAAAAACAUGAUGGGCAUGCCUAAAAUCCUGAUGGAAAGGAAAAAUGGAGGAAAAGGGAUUGUUAUGUGAUCAUGCCCUGUUGGGAGAUUCUGCCUCUGCCCUCUUCGCCACAUCCUCUUCUCACUCUCUGUAAAUACAUUUACCCUCUGGCAAUUAAAAAUAAAUAAGUAAAAAGACAUCUGCGCUAACAAGAUAGCAAACUGCUGCAGGAAAAGCUGGAGGAAGAAUAGUGAUCCUGUUCCCUUUAGACCAAGAAUUACACACACACACACACACACACACACACACACACACUCUUAUAAAUGUUCCUUAACAGAUAUGUGCAUUUUCUUCCCCUAAAGUAUGAGAAUGAACGUGUAAUUAAAGUAUGAACCACAAGCCUUAGUAAGAAUGGGAAAGUUACUCUCUUCUCCCUACCCAAGGCUCCAUUACCUAGGCAGGACCUCUAUGACCUCAUGUUACAGUAGGUCAGAGCCCAAGGCUGGGACCUCACCCCCCCUGGGCAGCUUGGGGUUCCUGCAGCAGCCACAGCCCUGCCCAAUCCCUCCCCACACCCCACAAUGUUGGUUGGUACCCCCCACCUGCUAACAGUGGAUGAAGCUGAUGCCACCUGGACCCUCAUCAAGGAUAAGGUCAUCGAGGAGCGCUUUGGAUCCAAUGUAGUGGCAGUACCAUUCUUGUCGGAUGCAGCCUGCUAUGACCUACUGGGUGUGCUAGUGAAACAGUCCCGCCCGGCCCACACCCGCCUGGCUCUGCCAGGUCGGCAAGGACGGAGGGCACUGAAACCAGUAGGGCCACUACCAAACCUCCUGGAGCAGGCAGGGUCUGAGGGUGCCUUUGCCCACUGCACUCGGGAAUACUCACCAAAUGGCCGAGCAGAGAUAGCCUAUGAAGAGAUGCGACUGUUGGAUGGGCAGCCCUGCCGGAUACGCCUACAUAUGGGUGGCCUACGCAAGAAGGUAGCCUUCCUGUUGCUGCCGCCAGGCCAGGUGAGCCUACAACAGACUCUUCCCUGGCUCCGAAGCACCCACAGCAUCUAUGUCAUCUACCAGGUCUUUUCCUGCUCUUGGCUGCAGCUGGGGCUGUUGCCUACAGGCCGUGAGCCCCAGCUGCUACGGUUACAGCGUUCAUUGCCUGUGGCCUUCUCCUGCCUCAAGUUUUCACUGCAGCCCAAGGGUGUGCUGGGACCACAGAAGCCUCUGACUAAAGACCCAUUGCCCCAUGGGGCUAACUGGGUCAGACCCAACCUCAGCCUCAUGCCACCACUGGCCCCCACAUCGGUACCUGCUGAUGCCCCUGAAGCUGUUGAUGUGCCUCCAACUGUCCCAGCCCCACCUACACCACCUCCCCAGGAAGGACCAGAGGGCAGACCCACCAGAUUCUCCUACAAGGGCCGAAACCCCUUCCGGAGGGGGCCCCAGAUGUUAUCAGAGAACUGGCUCUUCAGCCCCCGCAGCCCCCCACCAGGAGGCCAGGGUGGGGGCCCCGGGGACCCCGACCGGCACUCCAUGUCCCUGCCCCUGCUGCAGGGUCUGUCCUCGGAGUUCGACAGCGACGACUGAAGCUGAGGCAAGAGAUGCAGGGGGCAAGGCCCCCAAGAUCUGGCAUAGGGAUACUGGUCCCCAAUAAACACCAGCUG